AUGGCGCGGGUCGGUUCUCCCAGUUCUCCUCCAAAGGCGAUGCCGGGCUUGCUUGAAGGCUGUACCGACGACAUGGCGAUUGCACGACGCAUAAAGGAGCUGAGAACGAGCGGUGUCCUGUUUAAAGACUCCUACAGCGAGUUGCUGGGGACCCUGGCCCAGAGAGCCAUGUGGCGGCAAGCGUGCACACUGCUGCUGGAGAUGCGCUUCCGAGCCAUGAAACCAUUUCCGCCCUCCUACGCUUUGGUGGCGACAGCUUGUUGCAAGGCGUCGCAGCCAGACGAGGCUGCAAGAGUGAUCGACAGACUCUGGACCGCUCAGGCUAUGGAUCUGAUCGGUUGUGGAGCUGUCCUCUCGCGCUUCGCAAGUGGCGGACUUUGGAAGGAGGCCUUGGCUUUCCUACAGCGGAUGCCUCAAGCGAGGGUGGCACCGGAUACUUAUGCCUACAACAACGUCCUCGCAUCUGUACGGCGAGCUGGCAGCUCCAUUGAUGCCUCACAACUUCUUGCAGAGAUGCAGGAGGAGGAGCUAAAGCCAGAUGACUACACCUACAGCCUGGCGAUUGACCUUGAAAGGGAUGCGGGCAGAUGGGAGAUGGCUUUGAGCCAUUUCCGGUCCAUGCAGGCAAACCACAUCCAGGGCAACACUGUGGUGUACAGCGCUGCGAUCAACGCCUGCCGUUCGGGACUUCGGCCUUAUCUUGCCAUGGAGCUGCUGGAGGACAUGAAAGAGAAAGAGAUCGCCCCGGAUGUACAAGUGUACACUGCAACCAUCGACUCUUUUGGCACUGCCAGCUUGUGGGAGAACGCAUUGGAUGUAUUGGAUAUGAUGCGCCCUCAAGGAGUUUGCCCCAAUGCCUUCAGCUACAACGUGGCCCUCUCUGCUUGUCAGCGAGCCUUGCAGUGGGAAGAGGCCUUGCAGCUCUUUCGUUCGAUGAAGCGGGACAAGGUCAACCCGAGCACCAUGGACUACGACAUGAUCCUGAGCGCUUGCGCCCGUUCAUCCGAGAAAGAGACGACUGAAGUCCUCUUCAGCGAGAUGAACCGGAAAGGGAUCUUGCCCAGCGAGGUUACUUUCAACUGCCUGGCUUCAUUGCUCAGCACGCCCGCAGAAAGAGCGUCUUUCAUCUCCAAGCUGCGCAGCUCGAAGAUGAAACCCGAUGUGAGAACCUACAACCCGAUGAUCAGCGCUUGCGCCGAGACUGGGGGCUGGCAGGAUGCCGUGAUGGUGCUGGAGGAAAUGCGAGCCGCCCAUGUGCCCCCUGACCUGCAGAGCCACAACCGCUUCCUGAGUGUUUGCGCCGCAACUGGCUCCUGGGAUUUGGUCCUGCGCGUCUUCCACGACCUGGUCCGAGGAGGUUUCAAGCCGGAUCGCACCAGCGUGAACACUUGCAUCAGUGCCUGCGCCACGACUGGAGAGUGGCAUCAGGCAGUGCUGCUCCUCCUCGACAUGGAGACCCAAGGCCCCCCGCCAGAUGUGAUCUCCUACAACGCCAUGAUCUACGCUUGUCGCAAAGAACGACCGGAGUGGGCUUUGGCAUUCCUCGACCGCAUGCGCCUGGCGAAGGUACCUCCAGACGUCAUCUCGUACAACUCGGUGAUGCAAGCCUGUGGCGAGGCCAAUCUCUGGGAACAUGUCUUGAGCGGUCUCUUCGACAUGGAGCACCAGGGGAUCAUCCCUUCCCUGGACUCUUACUACAUCGCCAUGGAGAAGCUGUUGCGUGCGGGGCAGACUCCCAAGGCAUUGGAGCUCUUCCAGAGCCCGCGCAUGCGUGGACUGAAGCUCGACCAAGGUUGUUACAACGAGCUCAUCAUCGGCGCUCUUCGAGCCGGCUCCGUUGAGUGGGCUGAUCAUCUGGUGAGGAAGGCGCAGGAGGAUGGCACUUUCGUGCGAGGCCAAAAGAAUGAUGUGGAUCUACACCUCAUGCGAGUGCCAGUUGCACAGUUCGUUGUGCUCACUGCGCUGCGAGACAGAGCAAGAGCGGAAGUGAAAAAGCCUCUGACCAUCAUCACGGGCGUGGGCAGGCAUUCGAGAGAUGAGGCAGUCAUUAAGCCGAUGGUCAUUGCCCUCCUUGAGGAGCUGCAGCUUCCCUGCAGGUAUCGUGAGGAAGCUGGUCACGUGCAGGUGGCGUCCCGGUUCAUGACCUCCGACCUAGUCCAGCGGAUCGAGAGGCUGCUGGGUACCGAGGAGCUGCGGCAGUUCGCGAGCUUAGACAUUGACGAUGCGCCCUUGCUUUCGCUUGUGUAG